GUCAACCAGGACCGCGGCGUCGCGCACUGGCCCUUCAACUCGUCUUCGAACGAAGCUCUCUUCUGCGUCUUUGAUGGACACGGCGUAGGUGGGGAGAAGGUUGCGGAGCAGUGCAUGCGCUCCCUGCCGUACGGCCUCCUCCAGGAGGGGCUGCGGCUGCGAGCCGACCCGGCGGCGACCAUCGUGCGUGCCGUGCUGCAGAUGGACACCGAGAUCCUCAAGCGGCGCGGAGGCCGCUUUGCUACCACCUGCGGGACGACGGCCACGAUCGUCUACUUGAACGGGACGACGCUCUGGUCGGCGUGUGUGGGGGACUCCCGGGCGGUGAUGGGGUACGGAGCCAACGGCGCGAUCUGCGCGCGCGACCUCACCGUCGACUGCAAGCCAGACAUGCCCGAGGAGUCCGAGAGGAUACGCAAGGCUGGAGGCCUGGUGACGGCGGGCGUGCCAGGCGGCCGCCCCUCUCGCGUGUGGGCGGAUGGGAAGGUUGGGCUUGCCAUGUCUCGCUCGAUCGGUGACGGCGAGUGCAAGAAGUACGGCGUCAUCGCCGACCCGCUGAUCGCGCGCUUUGAGAUCGAGCCGGCUAGCAGCCCGGACGGUGACGGCGACCGCUUCCUCAUCGUUGCGAGCGAUGGCGUCUGGGAGUUCCUCUCGAGCCAGGAGGCGUGCGAGAUUGUGGCGUCUGAGCCCGAGUCCGCAACCAAGGGCUGUGCCAAGCUCGUGCAAGCGGCAGCCCAGCGGUGG